CUCUCUCUCUGCAUUUUGCACACUUGGCGCGAAUUCUGCACCCCGUUUAAUAGAAUUCGAUAAACGAUGGAAGGUAGACGGGAAGGAGAGGGAGGGACCGAGGGAGAGAGAGAGAGAGGAGAUAUGCAUCAGCGUGAAGAAAGAGUUCAAAAAACGCCACCGUGCUCCCAUCCUACUUUCCUCCAACGUGUCUCUUUUCAUGGCUAUCGACGUGUCUCCCUCGAGUUUCUGAAGACUCUUCGUAGUGCCAUUUUUGUCAACUCUCUCUCUCGGGCCUCCUUUCUGCCCGUAGCUUGGUUGAGCCGUUUUCUCUCGCUUUCUCUCUCAAGAAAUAGAGAAGUUAUUAGGGGAUGUUGCAAUUCCCCAUUUCAAGGGGUCACAUUGAGAACAAGUUCAGAAUCUUGGCAUGUAGAAAUGUUGGAGGUGUCUUCAACUGUGCCAUCUUCCCAUGCAAUCUGCUUCUCAAAGAAAAUAUGGAACUUUAAUGUUCUGGACUUGAUGGUUGUGCAAAUGUUAGUUAUGUAGUUCAUGGGAACUUGGAGUUGAGUGGAGAACAAAAGCACCAGUAUUGACAGAUAACAGUGGAUCCGAUGGGGCUCUUUAUUGAAUUAAUAAAAAAUAUUAUUGUCAUGGUUAUGAAGUUGUUUUCAUUGUUGAAGCUUGUAUGCUUGUCUGGUGUGAGAACUGUUUGUCUUGUUAAUCUGACUUGGAUACAGCUGGUGAAGACUGCUGUCAAUUUCCAUGUGGACCUAUUCUGGAGGUUUAUGAUUUGGACAGUUGCCUUUGUAUCUCUUCCUGUUCGAAUUGUGACUGCAUUACAAAGGGAGAGGUUGCUAAGAUCUCAUCUAGAUGAGAUGCAAAUCCAGCUGGAGAGUCUUAUGUGGGAUAAGAAAGAACUUGAAGAACGGUUGCAGCUAGCUAUUAGGGAUAGUGCAGUUGUGGAAUCAAUAUUAGGAGAACUUGAAGAGGAGCACGAAAAAGCUGUUGCCAAAAUUGAACUCCUAGAGAAUGAGUUGCAAGAUCUGAAGGAUGAAAACUCUCGUCUGAAUGAGGCUAGGGGUAAAGGCUCUUGGGACUUCAAGACUCAAGAUUACAUGGGAAGCUGCAAAGAUCCUCCUAAUGUCAAUGAAAAUGGUAUUAUAACUGAAUAUGAUGUUCCAUCACGGAAGGCUGGUUAUGAUGGAAACAAAGUGGUUGUCCAAGACCUGAUACAAAAAGAUUCAUGGGAGCAUGAAAUGAAGGGGGAAAUUCAGUCUGAAAACUUCAAAAAGAUUGGAUCAAAAGGCAAUGCACCCACAUAUCAAUUCAUCUCUAGGAGUCUGGUAGUAGAUGAGGUGCUUGAUCAGCGCAGGGGGGUUGCUCUUUCACAGAGCCUCUUCAGUGCAAUUCUUUCACUUUUGGUUGGGAUGAUCAUCUGGGAGGCUGAAGACCCCUGUAUGCCCCUUGUGGUAGCUCUCUUCUUUGUGGUUGGCAUGUCUCUGAGAAGCGUUGUUCAGUUCUUCUCCACCAUAAAGAACAAGCCUGCAUCUGAUGCAGUUGCCCUGUUGAGUUUCAACUGGUUCAUUCUUGGCACCCUCACCUAUCCUACCUUGCCAAGAGUUGCUCAUAUUUUGGCUCCUCUGGCUUUUAGUCUUAUACAACAUAGUGUUUGAUGGUUUAGUCUCAUGUUGGCGCCAGGUAUGUAUCAUAUAUGUUAGAACUCAGGAGUCAGGACAUUAAUGGCUUUAUCAUGCUUGUUCAAUUUUAUUCUCUUUCAUAUUGUACAGUUGGGUCUCAAUGAAGUUUUUAUGAAGUUUUGUAUCAGGCAUUGAUGGCUUUAGUCUCAGGCAUUGAACUAAUCUUCC